CACUAUUAUUUGGAUUUUCUAGUACAUGCAAACCCCAUAUACACUUACGUACUUGUAAUAAUCUCCACCAUGUUGUUCCAAUUCAUAUUUCUACUCCUCAUCACUACUCUUACGUUUUGUACGUUAAUUAGGCAUACUAAGAUGAGCAAGAAGACGAGGACGAAUAACCCUCCAGGCCCUCCAGGCCUCCCCUUCAUCGGCAACUUGCUUCAAUUCGACAAAGCCAAACCCCAUAUCUACCUAUUUCACCUUGCCAAGAAAUACGGCCCCCUCGCCUUCUUGAAGCAUGGGUCCACCCCGAUUCUCGUCGUUUCCUCCCCGAGAAUGGCGAAACUCGUGCUGAAAAAUCACGAUCUCGCCUUCUGUAGCCGGCCGCCGGUUCUUGGGCAGCAGAAGCUAGCGUAUGACGGCAUAGACAUGGCGUUUUCCCCUUACAACCAUCACUAUAAGGCGAUGAGGAAGGUGUGCGUCCUCCAUUUGUUCUCUCCCAAACAGGUGCACUACUUUCGUCCCGUUCGUGAGGACGAAAUCUGUCGGAUGAUCUCCAAGAUUUCGGGGCUUGUGAACUUGAGCGAUGUGGCCAUGUCAUUGGCCAGCAACCUCAUCUGCAGGGUUGCGUUUGGGAGGAGAUACGAUGAGGAUGAGUUUGAGAAGAUGAGGUUCGACAGGCUUGUGAUUGAGGCUCAGGCUCUGAUGGUGAGCUUCUAUUUCUCGGAUCAUUUUCCGGCAGUGGGUUGGCUGGAUAAGGUGUCGGGAUUGUUGGGCAGACUCCGCAAGAAUUGCAAGGAGUUGGAUGUGUUCUAUGAGCAACUCAUCGACGAGCACCUCAACCCGGCCAGGCAAACACCUGCUGGUAGACAAGACAUCAUUGAUCUCAUGAUUCAACUCAAAGACCAAAACACUUCUUCACUAGAUUUGAGUUGGGAUCACAUUAAGGCGUUGCUCAUGAAUCUAUUUGUUGCCGGAACUGAUACAGUAGCUGCAGCAGUGAUUUGGGCAAUGACAGGCCUCAUGCUGAACCCUGCAGUCAUGAAGAAAGCACAGACAGAAAUCAGGCAAUUCAUAGGCGAAAAGGGAAAAGUAGACGAAGACGACAUAAAAAACCUGCCGUAUCUCAAGGCGGUGGUGCUGGAAACUCUGAGGCUCUACCCGCCAGCCCCACUCUUGUUCCGAACACAAAUACUGGACGAAGAUUGCGUCGUGGACGGGUACAAGAUCAAGCCCGGCACAUCGGUUAUCAUCAAUGGAUGGGCUAUUGGGAGAGACCCUGAAACCUGGCAGGAUCCGGAGGAGUUCCAGCCUGAGAGAUUCAUGACUAGCAAUGGUGGCGUGGUGGAUGUGAGUGAUAAAACUGGGGAAUUUGAGAUGAUCCCAUUUGGAGGGGGGAGAAGGGGUUGCCCUGGAAUGGGAAUGGGGCUGAUAUCAGCAGAGCUUGCGUUGGCGAAUCUUCUCUACUCUUUUGACUGGGCGUUGCCGGCAGUUGCGCCCGGCAGCAACGCGCAAGACGUAAUUGACACUGUUGCAUUGCCGGGACUCACCACGCAUAAGAAAAGCCCACUUCUUCUUGUGGCCACCACGCCUGCAUAAUAUUAGUCAUGUGAUUGGUUUGAUUAGAUCAAAUUUAAUCGAAAAAAAUAUAUUAUUAGAUGUACGUUAUAUCUAUUUAAUAAUUACGUGUGUUUAAUUUACUGUAAGGAUACGCAACAUGUAGGAUCAAUUGUGUGAUUUUUCACUAUUUGAUAUAUUUAUA